GUUGGUGGAUCAAAUUACGACUCAAAAUUUAUAAUCGCUUUAAGAGUUUUGCUUAUGAUAAUCUUUCGCAUGAUUCUUCAGCUAAGGCUGUUAUAAAUUCCGAUGAAUUGCAGUUGCGAUUAAAAGUCUAAAGUUUCUAAAAGGUGCUAUUUAAAUAAAUGAAGUCUUAAUUAAAUCGAGAGUACUGCAUAACAGGUACUCUUUCGAUAAAGGUUAUAUAACUACAACAAUGAUUUGUUCAACAAAGAUUUAAAUCAGACACAAGUGUAGUAACAGGUCAGAUGAACAUUAUUAUUAGAAUAUAUCCAAUAUAUUCUGUAUUUCUACUGUUUUCGGUGAAAGUCUGUCUACGCGAGAAACGAGGUUAAGCCGCCGGACACGUCGCCAGCUUUCGCACCAACCCGCACCCAAUCGUGUUUUCUCGUCUCUGUUCGGGCCUUUCCGUGCCGCUCCCGUCCACACGCACCGCCGCUGAGCUCGUCCGCUGGUGCUGGAACAUGGCUGAGUAGGAGGUGGGAAUUCUGCUCGGACGGAGAGAAAAGGGGGAGAAGCAAGAGGACUGUUCGGGGAAGGAGAAACGCACGAUAGAAAGGCCUCUCCCUUCCAGCACUGAAGACGAAGGAGCUGCACGUCUCGGCCUGUCCGCAGGAGCAUGUUGCCGACACCGUCACUCUGCUCCAUCGUGUGGCUGAACCGAGGCAUUAAGCUGAGGAAAGCCCUUCGCUCCGCUAACACAGGCCAGCUCUGAGUCAGCCUCGCUUCUGCAGUGUCUGAGCCUCGCUUCUGCAGUGUCUGAGCCUCGCUUCUGCAGUGUCUGAGCCUCGCUUCUGCUCUCUGCUUCAGGUCUCACUGCAUUUUAAAAAAAAAUAAUCAUCAGUAUUUUCAAGGAUCUGAAAGUACUUCCAGCAUCACCCUCCACCCUUUGGCAACCUGACUCCACUCUGUGUUGCCAAAAUCCUACGUUUUAUGUCCUCUCGCUCUGUUUCGUUCACGCUGAAGUCCGAUAAUGGCCACAGAGUGCUUCCAGUUCCGUGCCCUGUAUGAGUACAGCAGGGACUGGGAGGGUGACAUCGACCUUCUGCCAGGGGACAUCCUGACUGUGGACAAGGUGUCCCUGCUGUCGCCAGGCUUCAAGGAGGGCGACGAGCUGCACCCCGAGCAAGUGGGCUGGAUCGUGGGCAUCAACCAGCGUACUAAACAGAGGGGCAACUUUCCGGGCACAUACGUGCAGUACGUGGGCCCUGUGAGGACGGCCCUGCCAUCCAGCCAGGCACGCCUGCAGAGACCCCUGCCGGCCGCCCCCAGAGCCGAGCCGCCGCCUGCACAGCAAGCUGUCCCCGUUCAGGAUCUGAAAGACCAGUUCUCACCCCCAGAAACUGCACCCCCCAUCCUGGUCAAGCUGGUGGAGGCCAUUGAAAGGAUCGGUCUGAACUGUCAGACGCUCUACAGGACGACAGGCUCCUCUGGACAGACUCUGGACCUCGCGGACCUGUCCUCGGUGGACCUGGACCUCUGUGACGUCGAUGAGCUUUCGGUGGCUCUGCAGACGUACUUCCGGGAGCUGCCUGUCCCUGUGAUCCCCCCUGCCCUCUAUCCCGCCCUGCAGGAGGCGCUAAAACGAGGAGAAGAUACCCUGACACCGGAGCGUGGCGCCGGGAGCCUGAUGAAGGCCCUGGAGGGGCCUACCAUCCCCGUGCAGAACCUGCUUACUCUGCAGUACCUGCUGAGGCACCUGGACACCGUGUGCCAGCACACUGGCACCAACGGACUGGACGCCCGCGCCACCGCUGCCUUCUUCGGCCCGCUGCUGCUCCAGGUCCCUGCCACGGGGCUGGAAGUGGACGAGGACUUCCCAGUCCAGCUUCUGGAGCAGCUUCUGCUGGAGAGAAGCUGGGAACAGGAGGAGGCGCCCCCAGCCCUCCCUCCUAAGCCUGCAAAGAUGGCAGCGUCCUCCAGCCACCUGAGCGACGCCGAGUGGUACUGGGGUGAGAUCUCAAGAGAGGAGGUAAAUGACAAGAUGAGGGACAUGCCUGAUGGCACUUUCCUGGUCCGAGAUGCUUCCAGUAAAGUUCAGGGAGAGUACACCUUGACCCUCAGGAAAGGCGGAAACAAUAAGCUGAUCAAGAUUUUCCACCGGGGGGGCAAGUAUGGCUUCUCUGAGCCUCUGACCUUCGCAUCGGUGGUGGAGCUGAUCACCCACUACCGGCACGAGUCGCUGGCGCAGUACAACCCUAAGCUGGACACGAGGCUCCUCUACCCCAUCUCCAAAUCCCAGCAGGAACAGCUGGUGAAGGAGGACAGCAUCGAAGCUGUCGGUGAGCAGCUGAAGGCCUACCACGAGCAGUACCAGGAGAAGAGCCGGGAGUAUGACGUCCUGUAUGAGGAGUACAUGCGCUCAUCCCAGGAGCUGCAGAUGAAGCGCACAGCCAUUGAGGCUUUUAACGAGACCAUCAAGAUCUUUGAGGAGCAGUGCGAGACACAGAAACGCCACAGCAAGGAAUAUAUGGAGAAAUUCACCAAGGAGGGCAAUGACAAGGAGAUCCAGCGAAUCCAAAGCAAUUCUGAGAAGUUGAGGUCCAGGGUGACAGAGAUUCACGACAGUAAGAAGAAGCUUGAGCAGGAUUUGAAGAAACAAGUGUCUGAUAACCGUGAGAUUGACAAGCGAAUGAACAGCCUGAAGCCUGACCUCAUGCAGCUGAGGAAACUCCGUGACCAGUACAUAGUAUGGCUCACGCAGAAGGGCACCAGGCAAAGGAAAAUCCAGGAGUGGUUGGGUAUGAAGAAUGACACAGAAGGCCAUUCCUCGCUGAUGGACGACGAGGAAGACCUCCCCCAUCACGAUGAGCGCACGUGGUAUGUGGGGGAUGUGAAGCGCGUCCAGGCCGAGGAGCUGCUCAGGGGCAAGCGGGAUGGAACCUUCUUGAUCCGUGAUAGCCAGACGCAGAAGGGCGCCUUUGCCUGCUCCGUGGUCGUGGAUGGAGACGUCAAGCACUGUGUGAUUUUCAAGACGGCCACGGGCUACGGAUUUGCGGAGCCCUACAACCUGUACGGCUCCCUCAAGGCCCUGGUCCUGCACUACAGGGACGCCUCGCUGGUCCAGCACAAUGACUCGCUGAAUGUGACCCUGGCCUAUCCUGCCCUCACCCAGCAUCCCAGAUGAAUGCAGCCGAGGGGCCAAAGACUCACGCUUUUGAUGUUCAUCCCUUUUGUACUCUAAUCUCAGAUUAGGUCCCAUGACUCAUAUCAAGGAGGACUGGAUACUGAAGUGUACUGUACUAUUUAAAGUAGCCUUGAGUUAUUUCAGUGUUAACCAGUUAAACAUGUUAACAGUCAGCCCUCCUGCCUAGAUUUUAAGUGUUUCUUAGGUUCUUUGGCUCUUUGAAAGUGUUAUUCUCCUUUAUGGUUGUAAGCGGAACCCGUGGGACCGGACAGUGGAGUGGAAUCGGUGCUUUAGGAACAUGUGUUGCUCGUAUGCUCUUCCGUUUCGGAGGGACAGACACUCUCUCUACGUAGAGA